AUGCAUGACAGCAGCAGUAGUAAUAGUGACAGUAGCAGUAGUAAUAGUGACAGCAGCAGUAGUAAUAGUGACAGUAGCAGUAGUAAUAGUGACAGCAGCAGUAAUAGUGACAGCAGCAGUAGUAAUAGUGACAGCAGCAGUAAUAGUGACAGCAGCAGUAGUAAUAGUGACAGUAGCAGUAGUAAUAGUGACAGCAGCAGUAGUAAUAGUGACAGCAGCAGUAGUAAUAGUGACAGCAGCAGUAGUAAUAGUGACAGUAGCAGUAGUAAUAGGGACAGCAGCAGUAGUAAUAGUGACAGUAGCAGUAGUAAUAGGGACAGCAGCAGUAGUAAUAGUGACAGUAGUGGUAGUAAUAGUGACAGCAGCAGUAGUAAUAGUGACAGUAAUAGUAGUAAUAGUGACAGCAGCAGUAGUAUUAGGGACAGCAGUAGUAGUAAUAGUUGUAGCAGUAGUAGUAAUAGUUGUAGCAGUAGUAGUGAUAGUGACGGUGGCAGUAGUAAUAGGGACAGCAGCAGUAGUAAUAGUGACGGUGGCAGUAGUAAUAGGGACAGCAGUAGUAGUAAUAGGGACAGCAGCAGUAGUAAUAGGGACAGCAGCAGUAGUAAUAGUGACAGCAGCAGUAGUAAUAGUGACAGCAGCAGUAGUAAUAGGGACAGCAGUAGUAGUAAUAGGGACAGCAGCAGUAGUAGUGAUAGUGACAGUAGUAGUAAUAGUGACAGCAGCAGUAGUAUUAGGGACAGCUGUAUUAGUAAUAGUGACGGCAUCAGUAGUAUUAGGGACAGCAGUAGUAGUAAUAGUGACAGUAGCAAUAGUAAUAGUUGUAGCAGUAGUAGUGAUAGUGACAGUAGUAGUAGUAAUAGUGACAGCAGUAUUAGUAAUAGUGACGGCAGCAGUAGUAAUAGGGACAGCAGUAGUGGUAAUAGUUGUAGCAGUAGUAAUAGGGACAGCAGCAGUAGUAAUAGUGACAGCAGCAGUAGUAAUAGUGACAGCAGCAGUAGUAAUAGGGACAGCAGUAGUAGUAAUAGGGACAGCAGUAGUAGUAAUAAGGACAGCAGUAGUAGUAAUAAGGACAGCAGCAGUAGUAAUAGGGACAGCAGUAGUAGUAAUAGUGACAGCAGCAGUAGUAAUAGUGACAGCAGCAGUAGUAAUAGGGACAGCAGCAGUAGUAAUAGGGACAGCAGAAGUAGUAAUAAGGACAGCAGCAGUAGUAAUAUUGACAGCAGCAGUAGUAAUAGUGACAGCAGCAGU